GGAAAACGCUCGACGAAAGCUUUUGAACACUCUUUCUCUCUCUCUCUCUCUCUCUCGCUAAAUCUCUCUUACUUCCACUCGUAAGCUUUUCUCUUUAAUUUUCCAGUUAACUAAUCGAAACAGCAAAUCCCUUUCAUUUUUCCGCCUUCUGCCCCACAUCCCAAACACUAAAAUGAACAAUUUAAAAUCCAAUUGGCAAAAAUGACUCUCCACAAAGAAAAAGAGCAGCCUCCAAAAAAAAUCCACACAGUGCAAGCAGAGCGUGACCUAGAAGCCAAUUGGGAUGUCGAUCUUGCCAAAAAGCUCGAAGAUUACCUUUUAAAGCUUUGCUCCGGUGAAAUUACCUCCGACGAUAACGUCUCCGUUAAUUUCGCUGAAGCUGCUUUGUUACUACAAGGUUCAGUUCAAGUGUAUAGCAGAAAGGUCGAGUAUCUAUACAACUUGGUUUUACAUGCUUUGGACUUCCUUUCUCAAAAGAGGCAACAAGAGCAAACAGAGGGUACAUCUUUCCAGCCUGAGCAAAAUGGUUCCAAUGCAGCUUCUGAUGAAGAAAGUGAUCAGUUCUGGGUCUCAGAUGAUGUUCCAGUGGAAGCAAGGAAUAGCUUAGAUGCUUCAACCAGCAAAGAUGAUUCUCUCUAUCACUUUGUAAAACCGCCAGCAAAUCUUAUUGUUCUUGAAGGUGAUUGCUUAAAUACAACUGGUGAUGGCGGGGAACUGGAUUCAUACCUGUUAGCCACCAAUGAUCUCUACAGGGAUUUUAUUCUUUUAGACCCAUGUGAUGCUGACGCAGUGAAUGAUUUCUUCAAUGGAGAUGAAACUGGAAAAGGACUAAAUAGUACUUGUAAGGGAAGCUCCCCCCGCAAGAGCUUCCAGUCCCCCUCAAGACGUUCAGGAGGGACUGCACGUAAGUCAUCUCUUGGAAAGAACCAGGAUGCAAAACUCAACCAAACUCCUGUGGCUGAUUGUAUUUUUGGUGAUAAUAGCUCUAAAGUGGUGCCCAAUCCUCACACCUGUAAUGGACUUGAUAUGGAUGACGAUUAUUCUGAACCCAGGAACUGGGAAGGUUCAGAUGAUGAUAAUAAUGAUGAUGACCCAUGGAAGCCUUUAAAUCCUCAUGAGCCUGGGACUUUAAAGGUGAAACCUUUCAGAAAAGUAAAACCUUACCGAAGGAAUGUGGUAAAAUCCGCUAGGCAGACCUCUAUAACUACUAUGUUUCCACUUGCAAGGAUGCGUGGUACUAUCAGUCCUGAGCUCACAGAAAUAUGGGAAGCACGUUUUAGCAGAUCUGAAAAAACUGAAAGUGCAGAUUCUCCUCCUUUAUAUGAAAAGCUAAGGCAAUCGCUGAGUAAUGGAGGUUAUAAUAAUAGUGACACUUUUGGCAAUGCUGAGAAUGACGAUGAAGGCAAUGAGCAUGACAGUGGCGUCCCAGAUUUUGGGCAGCCUGAUGAUGAUAUACCAGAAAAUAUGUAUAUGGAUGAAGAUCUUCAUCAUGAAAAGUAUGACGAUAGCUCUACUCACUUCGACAUCAAUGAAGCUUUUGGAAAUGAAGAUCCAAGCUCCCAAGCAAGCCUGGAAGAUCUUUGUCGCUCUCACCUGGAUGCUCUCCUUGCUAACAUAGCUGAAACAGAGAAGCAGACUGAAUUAGCUACUCGGGUUUCGUCAUGGAAACAGAAAAUAGAGCAUAACUUGGAAGAGCAAGAUUCACGCCCUUCGUUUGAUAUUCAUGCCUAUGGUGAAAGAAUUCUUGACAAAUUAUCCCUGGAAGCAAAUGGUGAAAACGUCAUGUCCUUUGCUGAUGUUGUGAAGGGCCAAGAGAAGCAUGAUGUGGCUCGAACAUUCUCUGCACUUCUUCAGCUGGUGAAUAAUGGAGACGUCAAUUUGGAGAGAAGUGGGGUAGGUGGUAUGUCUGUCUGUUACACAGCCAUGAAUCCUUUCCAUAUUCAGCUUCUUAACCAUGACAAGAGACGGAAAGACCUACAAUUUCGACUGUCAAAAAAGCGAGUAAAAUCACCAUUAAGGAGAGGUUGUAACAAGGGUUCAGGGGAUAAGUCUGGCAAAGAGACAUCUCCAAGCAUUAAUUCAUCACAACUUAACGGCAAUUUUACUGUGAAACUUGGGAAGAUUGGUGGUGCAAGAUGCACCCCUGAAAGCAAGAAGAGACGGAGAGCUCGAUUUGUUGAACCAGUAGACAUACACUCAUCAAGGUAACCCAGAAUGCCAUAGGAAUAGGCAAGCUUUUUCUCUGUUCCCAAUUUCCAUUGCUGGGGCAAUUCAACUUUUAUGUUGAAUGGCUCAGCAUUUAUCAUCUUGUGAUUAUAUUUUUUUUCUUCUUUUUUGUAAUUCUAGUUUACUGACAAUGGUUAGCUGCGAAAUGUAUUAUGUUUAACUUAUUAUGACGUAGAUGUACUUCCAGAAGGUGAAGAGACCUUGUAAUAGUUUGAAUUAAUUUCAAUUGUAGAAUGGGCUUUGUUAUCA